CGUGACGUGCGGCUGGCUCCGUGUGGCUGUCUUUUUUGACGUGAGCCCGUCGGUAUGAAAACAGCGGCCGUGCGGGGAUAGCCACGGACAUACCGAACCCGGAGCCCAGCACACGGGACGCCACACACCGUCUGACCGAGAGUGAAGCCUUCGAUGCUGGACUCUCUGAUCCGUCUGCAUUAGGAUCUGCAAGGCUGGAAAACACCACACCACCUGAUCCACCAUGAUGGCCUCCAGUGAUGUCGACAUCCGAGGAGAAGGCUCAUUGUUUCCUGACCACAACCCGUCAGAAAUGGAUGCUCUGUGUCCGUCACCUCCGGGUCCAUCCAGACCUCAGCGGAACUACGAGCGCAUGGGAGGACGCACGGGAACCUCUUUCUUCCAGACCCUGAUCCACCUGCUGAAGGGGAACAUCGGUACCGGUCUGCUGGGUCUGCCUCUGGCUGUCAAGAACGCCGGGCUGGUGCUCGGACCCCUCAGUCUCCUGGGGAUGGGGAUCAUUGCCGUCCACUGCAUGAGGCUCCUGGUCAAAUGUUCUCAUCACCUCAGUGCAAAGGUGGACCGGUCGUCUCUGACCUAUGGUGAGGCCAUGCAGUACGGGAUGGAGAACGUGUCGUGGCUCAGAAGACAUUCACAGUGGGGGAAACGGACAGUGAACUUGUUCCUCAUCAUCACUCAGCUUGGAUUCUGCUGCGUCUACUUCGUCUUCCUCAGUGAUAACGUCAAACAGGUGGUGGAGGCAGCCAACGCCACCACCUUCAGCUGUCAGAUGAACUCCACCAAUCAGACGGCGGUGCUGGUGCCCAGCUUCGACUCCCGCCUCUACAUGCUGUGCUUCCUGCCGGCGUUCGUCCUGCUGGUGUACACCCCCAACCUGAAGUACCUGGCCCCCCUGUCCCUGGUGGCAAACCUGGUGAUGACGGCCAGUCUGCUCCUCAUCUACUUCUACUCACUGACACACAUCACCUACCCCAUCAACCUGCCCGCAGUGGGACGGGCCAAAGACUACCCCCUGUUCUUUGGCACGGCCAUCUUCGCCUUCGAAGGCAUCGGAGUGGUUCUUCCUCUGGAGAAUAAGAUGCAGCGUCCUCAGAGCUUCAGCCUGGUUCUGUACGUGGGCAUGAGCAUCGUCACGUUCCUCUACAUCAGCCUGGGAACCAUCGGCUACAUGUGCUUUGGAGAACACAUCGGAGGAAGCAUCACACUGAACCUGCCCAACUGUUGGACGUACCAGGCUGUGAAGCUGCUGUACUGCUUUGGUAUUUUCAUCACCUUCGCCCUGCAGUUCUACGUUCCAGCUGAGAUCCUCAUCCCUCCGGUGGUGGCUCGAGUGUCUGAGAGGUGGGAGACAGCGGUGGACCUGCUGCUGCGCACUGUCCUGGUCAUAUUCACCUGCGCUCUUGCCAUCCUCAUCCCAGAGUUGGACCUGGUCAUCUCAUUGGUCGGCUCCGUCAGCAGCAGCUUCCUGGCGCUCAUCUUCCCGCCCAUCCUGCAGAUCGUGGCGUUCCACAACGAAGGCCUGUCACCGUUGGUUACGGCCAAGAAUGUCCUGAUCAGCCUGGUGGGUCUGAUCGGGUUCCUGACCGGGACGUACAUCGCCGUCGAGCAGAUCAUCGCCCGCAACGGACUCAAACACGAGGACACGCUGUCCACGUCAUUCAUGGUGCAGUGAGGAGGAGGGGGCGGAGUCCCGGUGGAGGGGGCGGGACCCGGGAGGCCACCGCGCACAUUCUGUAUGUUUUAACUGCUGUUGGACGAAAGAACGCGAAGGCGGUUCAGCGGGUCUGAGGAACCGAGGUACAGAAAAACGAAAGGAACCGAUGAACGGGAUGGAUUUAAGACGAUAGAAGACGAUUUAAGAUGAGAAAGACGAUUAAAGACAAAAUAGACGAUUUAAGCAGAAAAAGCUGAUUCCACUAAUCAGAUGAAGCAGAUGAUUAAAGACACCAGUUUGAAAUAAGAGUGAAUGUCCGGCGUCGGCGUAAACCACCAGAUCUGUGUUUAGUGACCUUUGACCUUUGACCCAGAAGGAGACGACAGGACGAUGAAACUGAGGAAAAAGACGAUUCAAAGCACAGACGUCAUUCAAACCUGGAAACGGUUUGAACUGAACUGGUUUUCAUCUGUUUUUGACAUAAAUAAUCAGAUGGUUUUUGUUUCGAGUCGAUGUUUAUUAAACGUCCUGUUGUUUAAUGUGAUCGAAGUCAAGCUCAAACCUGUUUGAUCCUGAAUCCAGUUCAGUCCAGUUUAAGUGACUGAAGGUGGAACCAGUAUGAAAACAUCAGCUUUAAAAUCCACCUUCAACCAGUGGGUUUUACAGAUUUAAUGAACAAAUAAAACUCCUUUGGAGCAUUUUGGUCAUUUUGGUUUGUUUUGGUCCAUAUUUUCAUUUAUUUUUGUUUGUUUUCAUCCAUAUUUUUGUUCAUUUUUGUUUGUUUUCAUCCAUAUUUUUGUUUAUUUUUGUUUUUUGUUCAUAUUUUAAUUCAUUUUUGUUUGUUUUCGUCCAUUUCGUUGCUGAUCGUCUUCGUUAAACCUGUUUUUAAAGACUUCGUCGUUUUUUUUCUUCUACUCCAUCGGUUCCUUCUUUCUCGUCUUUAAUCUCCAGAUAAACUGUGAUGCGUUCAUGGACCCGUCAUAUUUGUCUGUUUUUGCGAAACCUUGGACUCUGCUGAACUCGUUCCUUCGUGGUUUUGUGGUUUUUCUCGUUUGUUUCGUGUUUGGACUCGUACGGCGCUCGGUGUCGUGUUUCAUUCCGACCUUUGACCUUUGACCUUGGUGGGGGUGCUGUGGUUCUUCAGGUAGGACUCGAACACACCUGGUUUCCAUCCACGUUCAUGGUGUCGUGUGUUUGUGUUUUUUCUACCUCACAGACGCUGAAAUCACCUUUAACCCUCGGAAUCUCUGAACAAAUCUAGAACUUUUUUUUUUACUUUGAUUUUUGCCUUAUGAAGUGAAACGGUGCAAUAUUUAGACCGGACACGUUAAAGCUUCACUUUAAGACUCGGUAAAACAAUCAUGAACAAAACUCACCCGUUUA